AGUCGAGUGAGUAUCUCCGACACGGCAACAACUGCAGCGCACUCUCUGCCUUCUUCACCGUAUUGCCAAUUCACAGCCAUGGUUAAUGUCGUAUGCUGUUGGAAGUUGUAUCGUUGAUGGCUGAGUCGACCACUAGUGUACUGAUGUCUCCUGGGUAUGGCGGAUACCAAACCGUAAUGCCGCCGCCUUACUAUGCAACAGCCAGUUACUACACCACCAAGGCUCCAGAGUGUUACACCACAACUUCUGAUGCCCCGAGCUGCUACACCGAAGCCCCGAAGUAUAACUCUGCCGCGAGCUACAUCACCAGAGAGCUGGAGAACUACAUCGAGGCUCCCAACUACUAUGUCACUAAGGCAUCGGAAUACUACACGACUACGUAUGCUUUCCCUGCCUACUACACCGAGGUCCCUAAUUACUACGACACCCUAAGUGCGGAUCUCCGACACGGUAAGAUCUGCAGUGGCCUAUCCGUCACACACUGCAUUCCACAUCGUGUACCCAGUUCGCAAUUAUGGGUAAAUAUUAUGUUUUUUACUAUGAAUUCUGUAUCAAUCCCUUUUUUUUCUAUUUGUUAAUAUGCCUGUUAUUAUUCAAUAUUAAUGUUAAUUAAAUUUAUUAAUUGUCUAGUUAACUAUGGUGUCGUGCUGCUGUUGGGUGUUGUAUCGUUGAUGGCUGGAUCGACCACUGGUGUACCGAAGUCUCUGGGUAUGGCGGAUACCAAACCGCAACGCCGCCGUCGCCUUGCUACACAGUAACAACUUUCGCAACGACCAGUUACUGCACCGAGACCUCCAGCACUACACCACUAAGGCACCGAAGUUAUAUACCACAACUUACGAUGCCCCGGGCCGCUACACUGACGCUCUGAAGUAUUCCUCUGCCCCGAGUUACUACAGCACCAAGGUGACGGAGUAGUACAUGACUACGCAUGCUGCCCCAUCUUACUACACCGAGGCUCCCAACUGCUACACCGAGGCUUCCGCUGAUUACUCCACCAAAACGGUCGAAUGCUACACCGAAGCGCCAAAGUACUACUCUGCCCCGAUCUACACAACCACAACUGAGGCGACCAAGUAUUACGCAGUCCCGACUUGCUACACAAAAGCUACUCUUCCGUGCUACGUUGAACUGAAACACUACACUGAUGCGCCAGUCUACUACACCACGACCUACGCUACACCUAGCUGUAACACCGCAGCCUCCAAGUACUACACCGAAAAAGCCGCCUAUUACACAACCACGUACCCUGCCUGGUAUACUACAUCGAGGAAUUUAAGUAUUACCCUGCUUCAAAUUGAGUUUCACACAUAAAUUCUCCCGACUGACGUAUUUCUCUGGAUGUGUUGAAAGAUUGCUGAAAUACAAGAUUGAUUUAAAA